AUGAACGUGCUCCACUGGAUACACGGACGAAGUCGAGAUUAUAAGCCCUUCGUUGCACAUCGAGUUGGAGAGAUCCAUGACGAAUCGUGUCCUGAUCAAUGGAAACAUGUUCCAACGGAGUUAAAUCCUGCAGAUUAUGGUUCGCGAGGAAUGAAUGUCAGCGAGAUGAAAAACAGUCAGCAGUGGUGGUUUGGCCCGGAAUUUCUGAAGAAAUCUAAAGAUGCAUGGCCUGAAGAAAAGAUCGAAAUAGAACUUAACUCAGUAAAGUGUAAAGAGUUGAAAGUCGAAGCACGAAAACAAGAGAGUGUAUCUACAAAUGACCAGUCCUUAAGUUUCAAUACAACGACCCAAGAAGCACAACAAUUAUGGCGUAUGGAUCCUUUACGAUAUUCGAAGUGGUACAGAGUAAACAAUGAGAACAAGUUGAAAUUUGGACUUUCGUUAGUACGAGUACGUUCGUGGGUCCACAGAUUCAUCAAUAACUGCCGUAGAUCAAGGGAAGAACGCACUCAUGGAGAACUCACAGCAGACGAGGUACGCAGCACAGAAGAAAUAAUUAUUCAAAAAGCACAGCACGAAAGUUAUCCUGACGAGAUCGAAGCUUUGAAGCAAAACAGAAAUCUACCAAAAAAGAGCUCUAUCCUUACGUUUACACCGAUAUUAAUGGACGGACUGUUAAGAUCCAACACAAGAUUACGUUACGCAGAACAUUUACCCAAUCGAGUGAAGUACCCCGUUAUCCUGCCAAAGAAACAUCCGGUUACAGAACUGAUCGUCAAGUACCAUCAUGAGAAAGAAGGACAUCAAAUGGGACUAAAUUAUACCCUGAAUCAUCUUCGCGAGAGCUAUACAGUUGUGCAUGCACGGGAGACGGUUAAAAGAAUCAUGAAAGAAUGCAGUGAGUGCAAGAGAAGAUUCCGCGGGAAACCGUUACAACAACAAAUGGCCCCUCUACCACGUAUUCGAUUAGAACUCACAAUGAAACCAUUUACAAAUUGCGCAGUAGACUUUGCUGGUCCUUUCUUUACCAUACAAGGUCGUGGAAAGUCCCGAAUCAAGAGAUACCUUUGCCUGUUCCUAUGCCUUCAAACACAUUGUGUCCAUUUGGAAAUGGCAUGGUCUUUGGAAACUGAUGGAUUUCUGAAAGCUUUAACACGUAUGGUUGCCAGACGGGGUUGGCCAAGAGACAUGCUCAGUGAUAACGGAACAAAUUUCGUUGGAGGCAACAAUGAAUUGCAAGAGUUGGUACAGCAUCUAGAUCAAGACAUAAUUCAGCGUAUGACAUCAAAUAACGGGAUUCGUUGGCACUGGAAUCCACCAUUAGCACCUCAUUUUGGGGGUGUCUUUGAAAGAAUGAUUGAAUCCGCCAAAAGAGCCAUAAAAGAAAUUCUGGGAAACGCUGACGUGAAAAAGAAGAAUUAUUGACGGUGUUCACGGGAGUCGAAAGUUUGUUAAAUUCAAGACCUUUAAACAGCGACGAGCAACGAUCCGAACGAUGAUCCAAUACUGACCCCUAACUACUUUUUAAUAGGACAUAUGGGUGGCGAACUGGCUCCAGAAAAUGUCGACACGUUAGCUUUUGAUCCGCGAAAACGGUGGCGAAGAAUCCAAGAAUUGGUACGUCAAACAUGGAAGAGGUGGAUGCGAGAGUAUAUUACGAGCAUUGGAUCACGUAAGAAAUGGUUUGAUCGAGAAGAGAACUUAAAGGAAGGAGACAUUGUGUUGGUAGUCGAUCCAGACUCUCCAAGAAGAAAUUGGAAAGUUGGGAGAAUCGUUGGUGUACAUCCCGGUGGCGAUGGACUAGUGAGAGUUGUAGAUGUAAAAGUAGGAGAUUGUACGUAUCGAAGAUCAAUAUCUCGAAUCUCUCGGUUGGAAUUUGUAGAUAAGUAAUAUAAACGUUUUAGUAGUUUAACGAACAUUCAUAUUCAAACUUUGGGACAGUUGACUUCGGAUUCUAGUAGAAUCAGGGAAGGGGAAAUGUAG